GCACAAAAAUUCAGACAAACAAAAAAAAAUCAAGUAAAUUCUUCUCACCCUAUUCUACGCAUGCAUUUUUAAACUUUCUUCUUUCUUCUUUUUUUACUUAUUCCACUCCAAAAUGACCCUCUUUCGUAUUCCUUUUCUUCUGUCUUCACUCUGAGGCCCUGUCAGGUCUUUUUUCGCUCAUAUCUUCCUUUGUGGUACAGUUUCUUCUUUCUUCCCUUUGCAUUUUCCUUAAAUGUAUCACUUCAUCUCUGCAAACUUUUCCCCCACAAAAUGAAAAUAAGGAUUUUAACUAAUUUUGAAAAGAAAAAUUCCUCUCUUGUCCUGCCAAGAAGGUUUGCAUUGAUUUGGAAAAGGCAGGUCACUUUUACGGUUUGCGUGGUGGUGUUUAUGGGGGGUGGGUGACUGUUGGCUGCAGGAGAGUGUUCCGAUCCACGUGCCCCAGAUUCGAGAAGCACGCGACAGUUCACUUAAAGUCCUUCAGGAGGUUUUGGGAUUCCUUUCCAAGGCGACGUGGCAGAAAGAUUAGAGAGGGAAUCAGGUGAUUAUCAACAUGGCGGACACUGACCUAUUCAUGGAGUGUGAGGAGGAGGAGCUGGAACCCUGGCAGCUCAUAGAAGAUGACGUGGUGGAUGAUACCGGUGGUGGGAUGUUGCUGUCUGCAACCAACAAUGUCAGCACAGGUAUGAAGCCGGGAGUUGCACCUGCGAGUGUGGGCGAGCUGCCAAAUAAUGAGGUAGAGAAGAAGACAAUGCUGGCGGUCCUGUCCCCAAACAGCAAUGCUGGUGGUCCUCUGAUGAAUUCAAGUGGUCAGCCUCUGAUAGUAGCCCAGAAUCCUCCAGGCCUCAGCUCACAGAUGGCUGUGCCACCAAUGUACUCGCCCACUGCCAUGCAAGUACUGCAGGAUACAAAGACCGGGGCGACUAGCAAUGUCCCAGGGCAGCCUAUCUUCAUCACCACACAGGGUUUCACCAUGAAAGAUCUGAGGUCUGUGCAGAAUCCAGUUGGGAUUGUACUGAAUGUCCAGGGUGGUCAGGGAGCUGUCCCGUACCAGACUAAACCUCUGACGUUAGUGCCAGGUACGUGGAACAAUGAGCCAGCAGCUACACAGUUUGUCAAGUCUGCAGUGGGAGUGCCUCAGCUGUGGUCCCCGGUCACGUCCAUCAGGCCCGCCACCAGCACCUUCCCGGGCUCGGUCACCACAGUGAUUCCGGCCACGGUGACCAUCCGGAGCACGGUGCCGCCUGUGACCCAGAAGACGCCGGCGCAGACAAGCCCCACCCAGUCCCACCUGCAGCCCAAGUGCCUGACCCAGCCCUUGGCUUCCCUGGCACCGUCCCAGCCCCCACACUCUCACCUCCAGCCCCAGCCCCCGGCUCUGCCUCGGCCGCAAGCCCACUCCCAUUCUCAGCCCAGCAUGCUGCAUCAUCCGCACUCUCUUCAGCUUCCAAACCACGAUCACAAACUCGGAGGGUCAGUCGCCGGAAGGGCACGGAUCGAAGAGGAUCGGCAAAAGAGCCAGAAGGGGGCAGGAGAUGUGAAUUUGCAGUCAGGAUGGGCCGAAUGGCCGCAGCCUCCUGCUAGCAGAUUCGUUAACUUCCUCCAGAACACUAACCUCAUCCGGCUAAAGGCAACGGAGUCCGCCAGCCCUGAGAUCAGACCGAAACCUGAGGAAGUAGUGAAGAGCAGCGUUCUCCCACCAGUGCAGAUCACCACUAUUACUACCACUGCUGCUGCUGCCACCCAGCUCAUACACAAGAACUCACUCAACCACACCACUCCCUUCAAACUGCCUGAGAGCAAUAUGAACAAUGGCGUUCCUAUCCCAAUGGAUUGUCCGAAAUGCAACAUCCAUUUCAACAUAAUGGAGUCCUUGAAAGUUCACAUGGCAUACUGCUGCCCCCAGCUGCUGAAUCCUCCGGCACCCAGCAAGGUGUCUCAGCAGCAACCCCACCCAGCACCCCCUGCACUGCCACCGCCACCACCCCCUCCCCCACCGCCACCACCCCCCACCCCACCCACAGUACCACAACAGCAGCAGCAACCAUCUGCCAAGCUGGCUGAGCCCUCACAGGGCAAACUCAUCAUGCUGGUGGACGAUUUCUACUAUGGGCGGGAUGAGGGCAGCACCUAUCAGAUGCUUCAGGAAAUGAAGACCAACACGACCUUCAGGUGUCUCAGCUGUUUGAAACGACUGAAGAACAACAUCAGGUUUAUGAACCACAUGAAGCACCAUCUGGAACUGGAGCAACAGAAUGAAGACACCAUCGAGAAUCACACGACCUGCCAGCACUGCUUCCGCCAGUACGCCACUCCGUUCCAGCUUCAGUGCCAUAUCGAGAAUGUGCACAGUCCCUAUGAGACCACCACAAAGUGUAAGAUCUGUGAGCUGGCCUUUGAAACCGAGCAGCUUUUCCUGCAGCACAUGAAAGACACCCACAAACCAGGCGAAAUGCCAUACGUCUGUCAGGUGUGUGAAUAUCGCUCGUCGGUGUACUUGGAAGUGGAUAACCAUUUCCGAAUGAUUCACGAGGACACUAAGAAUCUGCUCUGCCCAUACUGUUUCAAAGUGCUGAAGAACAGUAGUGCCUACCAGCAACACUACAUGAAGCACCAGAAGAAGAGUGUCUACCCCUGUAACAAGUGCAGACUCCAGUUCAUCAGCGCCAAGGAGAAAAUGGAACACAAAGUUGAACACCAUAAGACAUUUAAGAAACCGAAGCAGCUGGAAGGACUGCAGCCUGGUACCAAGGUCACAAUAAGAACCUCGAUGGGACAGGCCCGUGCUGCUGGAGGGCCCGUGCAGGAGGUCCCUGCCAGAAAGGUGUACCCCCCAGUGGUGCCUCCGAAGCCACAGGAGCCUCCAGCUUGCUCAGCGGUUCACACAGUCCCUUCAGUCCCCAAGCCCAUGCCCAAGGCAGAGAAGAGGAAGGCGGUGGAGAGGAUAAGCCCGUUGCUCAUAGACAUGCAGGACAUAAGGAAGCUGUACGGUAACCAGGUCUGUCUGGAGUGCAACAUAGACAUCACUAACGUCAGCAACGUCAGCAACCACUUCCCCACUUACGUGCACUGCUCCCGCUGUCGGUACAGCACGAGCUGCAGCCGGGCUUAUGCUGAUCACAUGAUCAGUUACCACACUCAACGCGGGAAACCAAAAUACUUGAUGUUUGGAAAAGUGAAGAAAAGCGCAAUUCUACUUGUCUGCACAUCCUGUACGUUUGCUGUUGAGACAGGAGACGGAGACGAGAUGGCCCAGCAUCUGGAUCAGAACCCGGGCCACGGACCCUGUUGCUUUGUGACGUUUUCAGUGGGGGAUCGCAAGGGGAAAGCAGCCAAAGUGAUGGAGGAACCAUCGCCAGUCUCACAGUCAAAGCUCACAGCCUCUGAUUCCGAAAUGGAAGAGGUGGGGAAUGGCAGUGCGCAGAACCCUAAGGCUGAUGAAGAACGGAAGGAUGAAAGUCUGGAUCCGCCUAUCAGCGAGGUCAGGAAUCCAGUUGCCAAGUCUCAGCAAGUCAAGACUGUGCGGCUGAGCACUGUCUGUUCCAGCAACUACAUCAACGCAAAGAUCAGUACCCGGCCAGCCCUCGCCAGCUCACCAACCCCUCCUGCUGCUGCCAGCGAUGGUAAUGAAUUAGGAGCAGGAGAAGGCCACUCAGUUCCUCCAGAGCCUGGGAGUCCAAUCUGUGUGGAGGAAGACAGGAACAGUUCAACUCCCAUUUAUGUUGUGGAGGACAAGAGCACCUCAAGCCCAGAACAUCCUGCAGAGGAGGAACACCGCUCAAGUCCCGCCUGCGUCACGGAGGACACGAACGAUUCAAGCCCAGUGCUCGUAGAAGAAGACAAGAAUGUUUCGACUCCUGUGCGCGAAGAGGAGAACCAGAAUGGUUCGAGUCCACUGUGUGUGGCAAACAAGGAUGAGGCUGCCUCGAAUCUGGAGUCUGUUGAAGAGAAGAACGAGUUGUCCAAGGUAGAUGAUGACGGUGACAGCCAGCGUCAAGAGUUGCCCCCGAGGAGGAAGUCUUUGUCCGAGCACGAGUUUAAGGUGGUGCUGCACGCGUUGUGCUGUGGCAUGCGGGCUGCCACAGAACAAUACAGCGAGACACGGAGCCAGGUGGAGCAGUGGCUGAAUGAGUGCGCACAACAGCUUGAUUUACUGAGUGUCCAUAGCGAGUCUGGGGCCUCGACCCUGCUGUCCCCUGAGGCCGAGGAGCGGCUGGUCGAGUGGGUGUUGGUGCAGAGGGAGAGGCAGCUACCCCUCACUGAGGAGACCUUCCUGCUGAGACUUUCGGAACUGCUGGGAUCCCAGGACCAGGUCGGUGAUUCCGAUUCUUUCCACUGUCUCUGGGGCGUGGGCUUCCUCCUGAGGCACAACCUCAUCGCCUACGCCAAGAUUACGGUGGCCCGUGAACUGCCGAGGGAGAUGGAGGACAAUGCCCGUAGCUUCCUGGAGUUUGCCCAGCGCCAUAUCGCUGGCCGUGACUUCCCCCGCCGUAUGAUUGGCAACAUGGACGAGAUCCCGAUCUUCCUGGAGCCUGAGGUCCUGAGCCGGCCUGAGGGCACCCCAGGGGGCCUGGGGGUGACCGGCACCGGGCAGCCGCAGUUUGUGGUUGUCUUUACCAUCCUGGCAGAUGGUGGCCUGCUGCCCACUAUGGUGUUCUCUCGAGGAGGACUGCCGCCAUGGCUGAUGGUACCCAACGGUGUCCUCCUGGAGGUGAAGGAGACAGGCCAUGGAGAGUCUGAGGUCUUGGAGCUAUGGCUGAACCGGGUGUGGAGGCAACACGCGGCCCAAGCCCGGCGUGGCCGGAGCGCCCUGGUGCUGGAUGCCAAUCGGCAGCACCUCUCCGAUGGCUUCAUUGACCGCCUGAGCCGCUGCUGCUCCCUGCCCCUCGUCGUCCCCAGUGGUUGCACCUCCCGGCUCCAGCCCCUCGACAUGUGUGUCAGUCAGGCUUUCCGGAACUUCCUGCAGAAACGCUGGGCUGAGUACGCCCGUGAGGCACGCUGCUACCGCGAUGUCUAUGGCGACGUGCUACAGUCCCUGCUCAACUGGGUGGCGGAGGUGGCCGAUUUCAUUGCCGCUAAUGGGGACCUGGUGCGGCAGUCAUUUGUGGCUUCCAGCCUGCUACCGGGCACCACCUCGGCACAGCGCAGGGUGGCGGUGCAGGAGGAGCUAGUCAGCUUCCUGCAGGAGCAGCUGGAGCUGGGUACUAGGCUGGAUGAGAACGGUGGAGGAGACCGUAGUCCCACUGGCCUGCCCUUAGACCCCAGGCUGCUGACCAGGCUGUUUGAGGCAGAGAGUGACACCGAUUCCUUCCACGGCUUCCCCGAGAACGAUUUGUAAAUAACUGUGACCAGGCGCUCUUCCUCCUGGGAAUGGUUGGUGGGUUGGGAUGGGGGAGG